UAUGCAGCACCAUGUACUUUGUUUUUCCAGCUUAUUAAUCUUUUCUGUAUUAAACUUAAAACUGUCUUAUUUUAUUCCAGAAAAUACUGUGAAACAUGAACGAAGAAGAAAUAAACCAUGAGAUUCAAGACUCAAAUGCGUUAAUUUUGAAUAAGCACCCAGUUACAGUACAUUUGACGAAUCAAGAAGAUUCCAGUGUUCGAAUAUUCCCAGCAGUAGAAAAUGCAGGAGAGUUAAUGAAUGGCACAAGUCGAUUCUGCAGUGACUGUACGCGAGAAGACAGUCAAGACAACCAGACGCUAAGCAACGGCAAACCUCAAUUCUUCAUUGAGGUAGAUGCCAGUGCAAUAGCUUCAUUGAGAGCAGGAACACAAUAUACCCUAAUUCCUAUUGAUAUCCCACAAAGCAAAAGUCCAUCAAGUAAGCAUCUUCUGCAUAAUUCGUGUGAAACCCAAGAACAUUUAAACACUAGCCUUUGGGAUUAUGACCAUUUAAAUGAAUCAAGAAAUCACAUUUCCAAUCAUCUACAGAGAAGUUCAGAUGACAUAAGCUCUCCCAAUGCUUCAAGUCCAGUUCUGAAUUUAACAACGAUAAAUGUCAACAAUGAACACCAAAAUUCCACAAAGACAUGUCAACAACAAACAGAUUCAACUUCCCAGGGAGAUACUGACAAUUUUAUUGCUACAGAUAAGGUCUCGCAUAUGGAAUGUGACUCAAUUCAGGAACAGACAGUCCAGUUUCAUCCACAAGUGCAGGAAAACACAGAUAAUAAAACUGAGUACUUCACAUGUCCAAUUGCUCCUUUGGGUCACUCAAAAUUUUCAGAAAUGAGUACAAAACUGCUUAGCCCAACUUCUAAGACACCAAAUGCUUCCAGUUGCUUAACGAUGAUUCCAACUCCUCAUGCUAUUCAUCAAGUUUCUCAACUUUGUGGAAACUCUGUGUCAGACAGUUGUUUCACACAACACAGCCCUGCUCUGUUAAACACACAAAACUUGGUUCAUGGUUCUCUUAUGGGUCAACAUGGUCUGCCAGUCUGGUCUCCUAUAAAUCAAGUAAAUCCUUGCGCCAGUUUCUAA